AUGACACGGCUCUCCGACCUGCUGGGGCAGCAGGACUCGUCCGUCGAAGAGGUUGAAGCUGCGUUGGACUAUUUGGUGGCAAAACGGCAAUCGCUCUACGACCUCGAUAGCAGCAUCGCCCAGGAAACCCCCGAAGAUCAGCUGGGAGUGGAACUUGACAGUGCGCUCCAGCUUCGCCAGCAGCAGAAUGUUGCACCUUUGGAUCAACAGCGUCCUGCGGGGCAAAAAUCCGUCGCUCUCCCUAAGCUUCAGAUACCCAAGUUUUCGGGAAAAUUACAGGAAUGGCAACAAUUCUGGCAGCAUUUUGAUGCCACCAUCCACUCCAACCAAGCACUGGCUCCGGUCGAGAAGUUUAAGUACUUGGUCUCCUACCUCACUGACGACGCGAAGCGAUCCAUCGAAAGCAUCAGGAUCAGCGGCGACAACUACGACUCUGCGGUCACGCUGCUCACACACAGGUACGGUAGACCGGAACUCCUUACGGCGGAGCACAUCGACCAUUUGCUUGCUCUUCGUCCCAUCUCGAAUUCCCAAAACAUUCCCCAGCUCCGACGUCUUCAUGACGAUGUGACCAUUCGAAUGGCAGCUUUGGAUUCUUUGGGGGUAACUAAGGAUAAAUAUGCGGUUAUCUUGUACCGCGUCAUCACACGAUGCUUGCCCGAAAACCUCUGUGUCCUUUUUCAUCAACGGAGAAGGGAUACAGCCGCAGUACCUCAACCCCAAGGCAACAAUGAAAGCACUGGGAUAGACAAGGCCGCCGAGGAUCUUCAGGCGCUGCUAUCAUUUCUUCAGGUGCAGGUGGAGACUCGGGAAGAGGUGUUGCUCACUCGGGCAGUUUCGCCAGCGUCGGCUGCUCGCAGCAAGAGUCCUAACGAGCCGGUUCGGCUUCCUACAGCCGCUGCCCUAGCCGCUGCAAACGCCGCACCUCCGAAGCGGACUGCUGACGCACGUUCAUCACCCUGUCCCUUGUGUCAUUCGCCGGACCAUCCGCUGCAGUCCUGCACGGCGGUUUUACCGGCAGCCGAUAUGCGCCAUCGUUUGUCUAGAGCGGGAAGAUGUUUCAGGUGCGGCAAAUCCGGACAUUUUUCACGGGUUUGCCGAUCUGCGGCUGGGUUGUCUUGUGCGAAGUGCCACGGACAUCACCUUUCCAUAUUGUGUGACAUUCAAAGACGUCCGGAGGCUCAGCAUUGUUCGACCACUCUCCCCGCGACUGCAGACAUGGAGGCACCGCGCGAAGUGUUGGACGACGUCGUCUCACAGACUGUCAUGUCUUCAUCACCCUCGAACGUGCAUGCAAAAUCUGGAAUGGCACGCCUUCAGACAGUCUCGGUUUGGGCAGAAGGACCUGCAGGCAAGAAGCGAAUUCGGCUGCUUCUUGACACGGGUAGUCAACAAACGUUUAUACGUCGCGAUCUGUUGAAGGAGCUAGGGUGCCAAAUCACUGGUGAGGAGGACCUCUCCGUGUUCUCUUUCGCACGUACGCGCCACCCCAGAAGAUUCCACUGCGAACGGGUGCAAGUCCGCCUCGAAGCCAUCUCGGAUCCGCGGUCGUGCAUCGAGCUUGAAGCCCUCGGCAUUUCUGAACUAUGCCGCGUGUCUACGCCAGCCUUGGACGACGUAACCAUGAGCCUUCUCUCGCUGCGAGGCCUCGAAGUGGCUGAUACGAGCUGCACCACGGACAUCGCUCUGCUGGUGGGUUCCGAUUACUAUUGGAAGCUGGUCACCGGCCGAGUGGAACGUCUCCCUGGCGAUCUUGUUGCGGUGGAGACCAUUUUCGGAUGGGUCGUUCAGGGAGUCCAGCGGUCACCCAGUCGAACGCUGUCUACCGUGGUAUCAGUCCUCUCCCUUUCCUGCGAGGAACAAGAAUUCUUCGACCACAUGGACCCUUCGGAAGCGUGGCGAUUGGAUGCCCUUGGCAUAAGCGAUCCGGUUCCUGAUCCCGACGAUGACUUUGCGGCCGCCUACUUUACAAGCCAUGUACGCCAAUGUGACGGUCGCUACGUCGUCCCGCUAAUGGUUAAACCAGAACUAGAGCUCCCUGCCUGCGCCAAUAACAGGAAUACGGCUCUACAGCGCCUCCUCUCGCAACUACGUCGGUUUCGUUUCGACCCAGAAUUGCUGGCUCAGUAUGACAAGGUCAUACGUGAGUAUUUUGACGAAGGUCAGCAAUCGUUGAACACUCUCCUGAUGAAAGGGCCGAAGCUAAACGCAGAUCUGCUCCAUCUUCUGUUGCAGUUCCGCUGCAGCUCCACGGUUUUAACCGCCGACAUCAGGAAGGCAUACCUGCAAAUCAUCAUUCGCCCCGAAGACAGAGAUUUUCUUCGCUUUCUGUGGGUAAAGGAUGUACGGCACGCAUCCAACGACAGCAAUCUCGAACUUGUCGAGUGGCGGAUGACUAGAGUCCCUUUCGGAGCUACUUCGAGUCCAUUUCUGCUAGCAGCAACGCUACAACACCACUUUGAGAUAGUUUGCUCGGAUUAUCCCAACACCGUAUCCCGCAUCCGGACGGGGUUUUAUGUCGACGAUCUGGUCGUCGGCUGCACGUCAGACGGUGAUGCGUUGCAGGUAUACCAAGAAACGGUAGAAAUACUGAAAUCCGCUGGAAUGGAUAUUCGCAAGUGGACCUCAAACUCUCCGGUUCUGCGGGAGAGAUUUCUCAUGGACGGCACGUCCUAUGACAAUGCCUCCGACGGCGACCCCAUCGUCAAGGUUCUCGGCCUAUAUUGGGAUCGCAGCACGGACGGUCUUCUUCUCAACACGACUCGAGCAGCAGACUUCGCCGUCGCACACCCUGCCACGAAGCGCACCGUCUUGAAAGCAUUUUCACUUGUGUAUGACCCCUUGGGGUACAUCGCACCUGUCAUUAUAUCUGCGAGAAUUCUGUUUCAAGACCUGUGGCGCAAUGGCCUAUCGUGGGACCAACCAGUUAGCGAAUCAGACAACGCAAUCUGGGAGAAGUGGAAGGUCAGCCUGGGAGAAUUGAACCUGCUCAGACUCCCGCGCUGCGCUCUCCCUGAAGAUAACUCACCCGUCGAUGUGCACUGUUUCGCAGAUGCCAGUCCGAAAGCCUAUGGCACUGCCAUACACUUGCGGAGUCUUUCUCCCAACGGCUCUCUUCUGGUCCAUUUGCUCAUAGCACGGGCUCGUCUGGCACCAUUAAAACAGGUGUCGUUGCCUCGUCUCGAGCUCCUCGCCUGCCUCUUGGCUACACGUCUCUACCGUCACGUUUCCGCGCUGAAGACUCUCAGUCAAGUGCCAGUACAUUUUUGGACAGAUUCCACCAUCGCUCUUCAGUGGAUUCAUGGAUCUGGCAGCAAAACCCAGCAAUUUGUUCAGUCUCGAACAACCGAAAUCUUGUCUUCAUCGCGCGCUGAUCAAUGGUUCCACUGCAGCGGUAGUGACAACCCCGCGGAUUUGCUCACUCGGGGCGUAUCCGCUACCACUCUGAAGUGCUGCAGAUUGUGGUGGACAGGUCCCGGCUGGCUCUCAUCGUCGUUUGGCACCUUCGUGAGUACAGAAAACCAGCUUUGCCAACCAGGGAUUCGAUUAACCGAUGACAGAGCCUCUCCAGCAAGUGAAUGUCCAGCUGUGGUCAAACAUGCCUCCGUUUUGGCAGUCGUCGCAAUUGAAGAAUGGAUGGAGAUCACGGACUACGGGACGUUAUCCAAGCUCCUUCGGGUCACCGCCUGGAUGCUGAGAUUUGCGAACAACGCUAGAUCUGCGAGACCAUCCGUGUCUGGUCCACUCACACUUGAGGAAAUCACGCAUGUUGAGAACUUUUGGAUCCGUCGCGUGCAGGCUGAGGCUUUCCCCCAUGAGGUUGCCGCUCUCAGCAAAGGAAACGUCGUCAAACCAUCAUCGUCCCUACAUGCGUUCCAACCGUUUUUGGACGCCAACGGCAUCAUGCGCGUCGGCGGCCGUCUUCAUCAACUGAACGUGGUCGACGCCAUAAAGCACCCCAUUCUUCUGCCACCCGAGCCAUCCACCUAG